AUGGUACUUCUAAGCCUUGUGUUUUUCUGGAUCUUCUACGCAGUGGGAAAGAAAAGCGAACAUCUGGAGUUCAAAAUUCGUAAAACGCCACACACCAUCGGCUUCGAUAACGUUUCUGUAGUCACGAAUUCCGACAAUUGUAAUGAAGUGGCAAGGGUUCUCCUAUCUCAAGGCUUAUCGAUGUUCGCUAUGGCAUUUUCCAUGCAAGUCUGCUUGAUGGCAUAUGAAUUUCACCGAAGCGGCUUGGGCGGCUCCUCAGCCUACGUGCACUUGGAGUACGCCAUUAUUCGACAUUGA